UCCCAAGGAGUGCAGGGCAAAAUUGAGUGUGGCCAUGGCUAAGCUCUUUUUGCUGUGGUUCAAAGUGAUUAUGUUCUCUUUUGCCGUCGAUGCCGUGUUCGAGGAUCAAGUGGGAAAAUUUGACUGGAGGCAGCAAUAUGUUGGCAAUGUCCGGUUUGCCCAUUUCGACGCACACCUGCAGUCAUCCAAAAAGGUGAUUAUGGCAACUGAGAAAAAUGUGUUUGCUGCAGUGAACAUCAGGACUGGAGAACUUUUUUGGCGACAUGUGGAUAAGACUGGGCCGGAAGGAAAUAUCAAUGCUCUUCUGCAUCAUGGACAAGAUGCUGUUCUGGUGGUGGGAAAUGGCCGCAUACUGCGUUCCUGGGAUGUAAAUGUUGGUGGUUUGAACUGGGAGAUUGUGCUGGACUCCGGCAGUUUCCAGGCGGCAUGUUUAGUUGGACAGCAAGACGCAGUGAAGCAUGUGGCUGUAAUGAAGAAAAAUGCCUUGUCUCUUCAUUACCUUACUAAUGGUCAUCUAAAGUGGAUUGAGAAUCUUCCAGAGAGCGAGACAGUGGAUUACCAGUUUGUCUAUUCUGGAGGAACUGGGGAAGUGUUUGCACUGGGGGUCCUCCUUCAUUCCCACGUUACUGUUGUUACCUACAGUUUGGAAGAUGGAGAGAUAAUCAAGCAGGUUUCAGUUGAAGCGCCAUGGCUGUCCAACAUACAGGCCAGCUGUGCUGUGGUCGGUCAGGGAAUACUGAUGUGUGUGGAUGGCGCCUCAGCCUCUCUCUACACACUUGAUAUUCAUACACAAACACAGAUGACCCAGAUACCUCUGCAGUCACUGGGACUUGAUGUUACGCCCGACAUCCGUCCAGUGUUGGUGUCCACCCAACCCAAUCCAUCCCAGUGCCCGCUCUCUGAGUUCUUCCUUCAGCUCAGUCCUGACCAUUACCUGCUUCUCCAGCUCAACAAUGGACAGAUAGUCACACUGAGGGAUUUCAAGCCUGCGAUGCUGGCUUCAUUUGCCACCACUGGAGAUAAAACUGUCGCUGCUGUUAUGUCACCCAAGAAUAAAACAGCCUGCAAUGUUAACCUGUUUAGUGCAGAAACUGGACGCAGACUUCUCGACACAACCUUGAAUGUUAAUAUCGAUCCUAAUAGUGGCAAACCAGAAAAGCUCUACGUUCAGGCGUUCCUGAAGAAAGACGAUUCUGUAGGCUAUAGGGUCAUGGUUCAGACUGAAGACCACACACUCAGCUUCAUGCAACAGCCAGGGCGUGCCAUGUGGACCAGAGAGGAGUCCCUUUCAGACGUGGUGACCAUGGAAAUGGUGGAUCUGCCCCUCACGGGAACGCAGGCUGAGCUAGAGGGGGAGUUUGGCAAGAAGGCCGAUGGCCUGAUGUCCAUGGUGCUGAAGCGCCUGUCCUCUCAGUUUAUGUUAAUGCAAGCCUGGAUUGCUCACCUCUGGAAGCUCUUCUACGAUGCGCGCAAACCUCACAGCCAAGUUAAAAACGAUGUGAGCAUUGAGACGCUGUCCAGAGACGAAUUCAACUUGCAGAAAAUGAUGGUCAUGGUCACAGCGUCUGGCAAGCUUUUUGGCAUUGACAGUAAGACUGGUACGAUUUUAUGGCGGAACUACUUGGAGAACGUCCCAUCCAAUGCAGCCUUUAAACUCAUGGUGCAACGGACCACUGCCCACUUCCCUCACCCCCCGCAGUGCACAUUGCUCAUCAAAAACAAGGACACAGGCUUGACCACACUCCAUGUAUUUAACCCCAUCUUUGGGAAGAAGAGCCAUGUUGCCCCACCUGCUCUGUCUCAGCCAGUACUUCAGUCGCUCAUGCUUCCACUCAUGGACCAGGAUUACGCUAAAGUCUUACUACUUGUCGACGACCAGUAUAAGGUUGCUGCCUUCCCCUCGACAAAGAAUGUCUUGCAGCAGCUCCAGGAAAUGGCUUCUUCUAUAUUCUUCUACCUGGUGGACUCCAGUCAGGGGCGACUGUCUGGAUACAGGCUGCGAACGGAUUUAUCAACUGAGCUCAUCUGGGAGGUCGUCAUCCCCACAGAGGUACAGAAAAUUGUCUCGGUCAAAGGGAAAAGGCCAAACGAGCAUGUGCACUCCCAGGGCCGUGUAAUGGGAGAUCGCAGCGUCCUCUAUAAGUACCUGAACCCCAACCUAUUGGCGGUGGUGACAGAGAGCACAGACUUGCACCAAGAGCGAAGUUUUAUCGGCAUCCUGCUGAUUGACGGCGUGACCGGUCGGAUUAUCCACGAGGCGGUGCAGAGGAAGACCCGUGGGCCGGUUCAUGUUGUGCACUCUGAAAACUGGGUUGUGUACGAAUACUGGAGCACCAAGUCUCGCAGGAAUGAGUUUUCAGUGAUCGAACUGUAUGAGGGAAUGGAGCUGUACAACAGCACCGUGUUCAGCUCUCUGGAUCGGCCGCACGCGCCCCAGGUGCUGCAGCAGUCUUACAUUUUCCCUUCGUCCAUCUCCACCAUGGAGGCCACACUGACUGAAAAGGGCAUCACCAGCCGCCAUCUGCUCAUUGGCUUGCCGUCAGGAGGAAUUUUAUCACUGCCAAAAAUGUUCCUCGACCCUCGGAGGCCUGAGAUAAUAUCCGAACAGAGCCGGGAAGAGAACCUCAUCCCUUAUGCUCCAGAGUUGAUCAUCCGCACAGAAUGGUUCGUCAACUACAAUCAAACUGUUUCAAGAGUGCGGGGAAUUUACACUGCCCCUUCUGGACUGGAGUCCACAUGUUUGGUGGUGGCAUACGGUCUCGACAUCUACCAGACCCGCGUCUAUCCCUCCAAACAAUUUGAUGUGCUGAAGGACGACUACGACUACAUGCUGAUCAGCAGUGUGCUCUUCGCGCUCUUCUUUGCCACCAUGAUCAGCAAGCGUCUAGCUGAAGUCAAGCUGCUCAACCGGGCCUGGCGGUAAAGCGGUCGCCAGCUGCGUCCCUCGUCUUUAGACAGCCCGAUGCUGCACGUUGGACCUCAGCCCAGUAAGAUGACGGGCAGAGAGGCCCGUAAGGAACUGCAGGAGUGAGGGAGGGGAGGGCAGCAGAGUUGUCAAAGAUGAAUGGUUUUAUGUGUUGUUUUUUUUAUUUUAUUUUUUAUAAAUAUUAUUUGCAGGUAAAGAGUUCAUCCUGGAGUAAUUGUAAUUGUGCCAUGUUUGGAUGAACUCUAGCUAGUACUUGAAUUUACUAAUUUGCUGCAAAUAAGUGUGCGUGGAUGACAAACCCCACUAAUCACCUAAAGCAGCCACAUGACUGUCAUUAAAAUUGUCUCCAUUGUAACAGUUUGAGAUUAUCAGUCCCAUUUUUGAGGGGGACACGGGUAUGUUUUUUUUGUUUUGUUUUUUUAAAUUAUUUUUUUUUGUCAACUACAUUCUACUUUGACUUAGGCGGAGACGCAGCGUAGAGUGCAAAAACAAGCAGCAUGCUGGCAAGAAGAGACUGUUGCCGAUGCACUUACGGCUAUUUUCAGGACAAACAAUAUUGGGGGCUGGAACUGAGUAAUGGCUUUUUGAUAUAAAAAUAAAUAGAUAAAGAAUUAAACUCAUAAGUUAGAGUGCCACUGCAAUGUUAGUUGGAUGAAAAAGAAAAGAAAUACACAGUUUUAAUAAGUUAUUUAUAAAUAGAUAACUUUUUUUUUUACAAUUACAACCUCAUGACAUCCAGUGUUCACUGUGGCUGAGGUGGACACAUACCGUAACCUUCAAGAGAAUGUGAAACUCAGUGUAACAGAGGUUGUAAACACAAACGUAACAUGUCCAAUACAUAUGCAGACAUGAACACACAUACCGUAGGUACUGUACUGUGUUUUGCAGAUUCUAAAAUGCAAUUACACAUGCCCAUUAUUUUCACUUGACAUUUUGUUGAGAAAAGAAUAACAAUAAAGUUUACAGCAUUGAAGAUUACUUUUUCAGUCAUCUGAUUUUUGUUAGGACAACUUCAAGUCACGUAGCCUAAUGAGAACAAAUCACUCAAUGUUGGAAAUAAACAUUUCACUAAUUUACAAUCACCAGGGUUAAACUUCAAAUUAAGAUACCAUAUAGACAUAAUGGAACCAUUUUUAAAGAUAAGACACUAUGUGGUUUAGUUUGUUUGGGCUGUGUGUUCUGUAGUGUUAAUUGUUCAAUCAACUGUCAGUAAUAAUGAUUCUAUAUAUAUUUUUUUUUAAAUCACAUUUUUGAUUCAAAGCAGCAUCUUGAAGAAAUAAUAUGGAAUGAUAAGUCUGACACAAGCCCAGCUUGUUUAUACAAUAAUUAUUUGCUCACAACCAAGUUUAUUAUAUAUAUUUUAGUAUUUGCUCUGCUUGGGUUGCAGCAUGUUUUGUCAUUGGAAUAUUACAGACUACUGGAAUAAAAUAUUGUCCCCGAAGCAAGUUCGUCGGGAACCACAUGGCAACUAAAUCCUACAACUCGAGAGAGAAUACUGGAAUGUUAAGAGGAUUUCCAGGUUGUCCCGGAGCAAAUACUGUGGUGUAAUACUCACUGGCAAAAUGUUAGAAACAACAAACUCACAGUGCCGUGUUAACAAAUAUUCUGAAAAAAUACAUCCAACUCUUGAAAAAUAAGGCGUGCGAAUGUAGCUUGUUUGCUUGAUCUUGUCACAUCAGUCAACCAUUCUUGUUUUAGGAAAUAUCCCACUGUCUGUGUGCGCUUCAAAUCCAUUUGAAAAAUGUGAAAUAAAUAUUCUUGAUUCAAAAUGAUCUGGUAAUAUUUUCUGAGAAAAUAAAAACGUUUAAGGCAUGUUUUGGCACUAUCUUG